GGCGGGGCUUGGCGAUGUCAGGAAAGCUGAGAGAGUUGUAACUCGGAGCUGGAGAGAGUUCUUGAGUUCCUCCUGAGUUCCUCCUGAGUUGUGUAGUGAGACUAAGUGUAAAAGUUUCCGUGUUAGUGUUGAGAGUCGCCCUUCAUUACAGUCCGAAUGGAGGAUCACGGGUCAGAAAAAGAGGUGAAAUAUUACCGCUUGUGUGAGGUGGAGGAACACAACUCGUUUAAAAGUACGUGGAUUAUCAUCAACCACAAAGUGUACGAUGUCACCAAGUUCCUGGAAGAGCAUCCGGGAGGAGAGGAGGUGUUACGAGAGCAGGCUGGUGGAGAUGCCACAGAGAGCUUCGAGGAUGUGGGUCACUCCACGGAUGCCAGAGAAUUGUCUAAGAGCAUGAUGAUAGGAGAGCUGCAUCCGGAUGACAGGGAUAAGAUCGCCAAACCCCCCCAAACACUUGUGACCACAGUUCACGAACCCAUAAGCUGGUGGUCGAACUGGUUGAUACCUCUCCUCGCUGCUGUGAUCGUCACGCUGAUGUACCGUAUAUAUACAGCCGAAGACGCGUGACCGGUGCUCUCGCUCUCUCUCUCUCUCUCUCUCUCUCUCUCUCUCUCGCUCUCUCUCUCUCUCUCCCUCUCUCUCUCUCUCUCUCACACACACACACACACACACUCACACACUUGUAGUGGAGUGUCGGUGUUCGCCGUCACUGCUGAACUCAGAACGCCGAUGCCCAUGACGUAACACAUUUCAGGUUUUAUUUCAUCGCAGCUCUUAUUAAUGAAGGCUUCAUUUUCUGUAACUUUUUCCGAACGUAUGUUAAAAUUAAAUUCUGAGAUUUUCCUGUUCAGGUAAUAAAACGUAGACGGACGGAAAUAACCGAUCGCAGACACGGAUUCUAAACUUUUGUGUAAAUAUAAUUACGGAGUAAGCUCCUGUGUAAUAAAUCUCCACUGGAUGGCAUAAAGUAUAACCGUCAAAAAUUGUACCUUUUAAUAAUAUAUCACGUAGAAACCACCGUACGGGACCUAGAGACACGUGAGGCAUUAGAUUAUGAUCGAUUUGUCGUGAUUUUUAACACCAGUAGAUCAGUGAUGGUCCUUGAAGGCGAUUGUUUUUCUUUGUAAUUUUAUAUCCCAGUUAUAUUAUUUCACACUGGAUUACAACACCAUUUUUUUUAAUGGUGCAGCUGUCAUAUCCUGUUGUACAGGGAUCACCACUCUCACUCUUCUCGCUCUUACAUAUUUUAGUGCUUUCCCCAGCUCACAAAAGAGCUUUAUUGAGGACCACUGGGGUACCAAUGACUAGAAACGGUGCUAAAGCAUUCCAUUUUAUACCACACAAUGUAAGUAUUGUCUAAGAAAGACCGUUAUACAUCACGUGAAACAUAUCCGUAUAUUUUGUCGCUCUCUACGUAGUCGUAUUAAUUACUUGCUUUAUUUUCUUAUCCUGACAGAACAAAAUGUACAAAAACAACUAUUUCCAUAUUUUGUACGCUUUCAAACACAAAUACAAAGGGUAUACUUUUCUGGGCCAGUUCUGACACACACACACACACACACAGAGGCUGAAGGAUAAUGAAGGUUGUUCACAUGUUCCAGGAGAAGAGCUGUAUGUAUGUAAGCUUCCAUGUGACUGAUCCACUCAGGAAUAGCAUCACGGUCAACAAGGCGUAGCUUAAAUCCUUUCCUGUUGCAGCAAACGAUUACAAAUUGAACUUAAAAAUGUGUAAAAAAAAAAAAAAAAGUCAAUUGCAGUUUUUUGUCAUUGUUCAUCCUUUAAUUGCAUUAAAGCACUAAUUAUGUGGAA